CAUGAAUGCCCUGAAACAGACCUGGCAUGUGUCCUGUUUCGUCUGCACUGCCUGCCAGCAGCCGAUCAGGGGCAACACGUUUCACAUGGAGGAUGGACGGCCGUACUGCGAAAGAGACUACUAUAACCUGUUUGGGACCAACUGCCACGGCUGCGAUUUUCCCAUCGAGGCAGGGGAUAAGUUCCUGGAAGCUCUAGGAUUCACCUGGCACGACACCUGCUUUGUGUGCACGGUGUGCUCUGCCAAUCUGGAAGGUCAGGCGUUCUUUUCCAAAAAGGACAAGCCCCUGUGCAAGAAACACGCUCACACUGUCAACCUCUGACCUGCCUCUGCGAAUGUCAGCGGGACAGGGCAAUGGCGUCAGUUUACAGCAAUUUAUAUUCCAGCCAGAUGUAAAAUAUUUUCAGAAUUAAAACUGAUAAAUCCGUUUUUAUCCUGUUAGAACAUCAUUGGAUCAGAGUUCCCACUGUAAGCUUUAUUUUUGCUCUGGUAUUGUUUUAAUUUUUCUUUAUUUCAUUUUAGUUUAUCGGAUGAUAUUGCAGGUGUAUAUUUGAAAACACUGUUUGCCCCAAACACCAGCUCUAUAUCAAGUAGAUUCUUAUCUCAUUUGUUUGAGCUGGACCUUUUAUUGGUGUGGGUGGUGUUUUUUUAAGCUCUUGAUGUCUUAUACUUUUCAUAAUAACACAGAAUAGAAUACAUGUAUUUUACUGCAAUGACCUGCUGAGGCCCUCAGGGGUCACAUAUUUGAAAAGCAUUUGACGUGUCUUUCCACGUGUUCGUAACGAGAGUGAAAGAUUUAGAAAUUAGGAUUAUUUAAGGGAAAAAGAUAUUUAUUAUCAAUGUGUUGUGGCAACAAAAAGACAAAAAGAAGCCAUCAGAAUAAGAAUGGUAAAU